CGUCGGGGCUUUGGGAGCUGCUCUCCACUCAGGUGCAAAGAUGGGGUGCUUUACCUUUAUCAAGGUCAUGAUGAUCCUCUUCAACCUGGCCAUAUUCCUCGGUGGUGGGACCCUCCUGGGAGUUGGCAUCUGGAUCACAAUGGAUGGACAGUCGUUCCUGGAUAUAUUUGGGGCGCUCUCCUCUAGCGUCCUGCAGGUUAUGAAUGUGAGCUACUUCCUCAUCGUCAUUGGUGCCAUCCUGCUGGUGAUCGGCUUCCUCGGGUGCUGUGGUGCCCAGAAGGAGAGCAAGUGUCUCCUGAUGAUGUUCUUCUCGGUCGUGCUGAUCAUCUUCAUUGCUGAAAUUGCUGCUGCCGUGGUGGCUCUCGUCUACACAGGUCUUGCAGAGACGCUGCUGACAGCCGUGGUGACUCCUCUCCUGAAGGAGAAGUACGGGACGGAUAAGAGUUUCACGGAGAUCUGGAAUGUCACCAUGACGAAGGUCCAUUGCUGUGGCCUGAAUAACUACACAGACUUCAGUGGCUCCCCGUGGCAGCAGGAACAUGGAACCUACCCAGACCCCUGCUGUAAGGACCUGCAGCCCUGCAAUAGCACGCUCGCCGCACAAAGCGAUGUCCCGGGUUGUUUUGGUCAGAUCUUGGAAGAAAUCAAGACUAAUGCAGGUGUGGUGGGUGGUGUGGCAGCCGGCAUCGCUGCCUUGGAGAUCGCAGCCAUGGCGGUUUCCAUGUACCUGUACUGCCAGCUGGAUCAGAAAUGACCCCACGAGGCAGGAAGAUGAUCUGCCCCCCCCACCAUGCUGGGGUGCACCCAUGGCAUGCUGUGCUCUUGGGGGGACCCCAUCGCUCCCUGGGCCUGAUGCUGUCCUGUGCACUGUGAUUUAUAGCUGUGUUUUGAUCUACUGAGCUGGGAUCUGUAGAGUUUGUGUAUAUUUUUGUACUGAUAUGGCACACUGAGCCUGUACAUAGAGAUUUG